AAGCAUUUUAGUUUAAAAAAUAUUCAUAGACGUUUGUUUAUAAAAAGUAUAUUUAGAUGCAUCAAUAUUUAUUUGUCUUCCAAUAAAUUUUGAUGAAAUAACGUCCACAAAAUAACGUUAGAAUUGACCCAUUAACCCCCCUCCCCUCCCAAAAACAAACCACUCCUACAACUAUUGGACUGCUGAGUAUUGACUCAAAAAAGAAGAAGGUUGACGAAGAACAGUACUGCAUAUUGUUAAGCAAAAAGGUUUCAAUUGGAUCUGUUGAAGUGGCUGACAGAGGUAAGCAUUAGCAUUUACAGCUUUAAUCCAAACCGUCAGAUUCAGGGAAAGAAGAGCUUUUUAAUGGCUGAACUCGUGGGGCCAAUCCUUGAGGUUAUUAAGUUCAUCGGCCGUCCAGCUAGAAAAUAUCUAAAAUACCAUAGGAAAUUCACUGAAUACGUUGCUGAUUUCAAGCAAGCACAAGAUGAUUUGCUUGCCAAGAAGGCAGAUAUUCAACGGCAAUUGGACGAAGAGUGUGACCAUGGGAAAAUGCCAAAGCAAGAAGUUGAAAGAUGGUUCAAGAAGGUAGAGGAAAAGCUUGCUCAUGCUCAGAAUGUUGAAGACAAAGUCAGCAAAGGAAAAUGUCUCUUUCGUUCUUCCUUGGGAAAGCUUGUUGAUGAAACGACUCAGGCUUUGAAAGAAGUACAAGCUGAAGGCAAUUUCUCUGGUAGAUUGGUUGUUAAUGAUCCUUCUAUUGUAGCGGUUAAACUACCUACAGAGAAUUUAGUAGGCCAUCAGGUCAGUGUUAGAGAUGAAAUAUAUGGGUAUCUGAUGGGAGAUGAAGUUGGAAGGAUUGGAGUAUGCGGGAUGGGGGGGAUAGGCAAAACGACCAUAAUGAAGGAUGUGUAUAAUAGGUUAAUCCGAGAAGCUAAGUUCAAAAAAUUGAUAUGGAUUACAGUAUCUCGAAACUUAGACAUUCAAAGCAUACAGAAGGACAUUGCAAGCCAACUAAAAAGGGCAUUGCCAGAUCACGAGAACACAACUGUCAGGGCAGGAAAAUUAUCAGAAACUUUAAGGGAACAAGGGAGAUAUGCGCUGAUAUUGGAUGAUGUGUGGAGUAGUUUUCCUCUUGAGGACAUUGGAAUCAAUGAGCUAACAAAAGUCAAUGGAUGCAUAGUGUUGACAACACGUUCAGAAGAGGUUAUUCGGUCAAUGGGAUGUAAGAAAGUUCAAGUGGCUUGUCUUUCUAUGCAUGACGCGAUGGACUUAUUCUUGAGCAAAGUUGGACAAGACGUAUCUGCAACUCCAACUUUAGAAUUAUUUAUGAAACUUGUUGUGGGGGAAUGUGAUGGACUUCCUCUUGCACUUGUCACACUAGCAGCUUCUAUGAAGGGAAUAUCAAAUCCUCGUUUGUGGAAAAAUGUUGUAAAUGAACUGAGAGGUUACAUUAGAAACAUUCAGGAUAUAGAAGACAAGGUGUUUGGCUCCUUAAAAUUCAGCUAUGAUCGUCUGAAAAAAGAAGACCAAGAUUGCUUCUCUUAUUGUGCAUUAUAUCCUGAGGAUCAUCAAAUCGAAAAAAAGGAGAUAAUCCAAUACUGGAUGGAAGCAGGACUUAUAGACGAAAUGGGAAGUCGAAAAGCAAUGGAAGAUAACGGUCACUCCAUUUUGGAGAAGUUUGAACAAAAUUGUUUGCUUGAAAGGGUUGAGAAUAGUGCAUAUGUAAAGAUGCAUGAUGUUUUCAGAGAUAUGGCGCUGCAUAUCAAUAGAAAAAGAUUUAUGGUAAAAGCCGGUAAGCAGUUGAAAGAGCUACCAAAUGAGGAAGAAUGGGGUGAAGAUUUGGAGAAGGUUUCUUUGAUGUACAAUUCCAUCUCAGCAAUUCCUCAACAUAUGAAGUGCCCGAAAUUCCCAAAACUCACAACAUUGUUGCUCUCACGUAAUUCUUUGAGAGAAAUUCCAGAGUCUUUCUUUGAGCACUUUCCUAACCUUAAGAUUCUUGAUCUUUCUCAUAAUCCUUUUGAGAGUUUGCCUAGCUCUAUUUCUGCUUUGGAGAAACUAACGGCAUUGUUGCUUAAUGGCUGUUACAAUUUAGAGAGUUUGCCUUCUGUAUUGAAGCUUCAAGCUUUAAAGAAAUUGCGCCUUCGAGGAAGUGGAAUCAAGGAAAUCCCUCAAGGUUUGGAAAUGUUGGUAAAUCUUAGAUAUCUUGAUCUUUUAGCAAGGCAUCCAAUAUUAAGAAAUCCAGAACAAAUGAGGGAAUUUAACAAGUUGCAAGUUUUUGAAGGCUGGUUCUGUAACAUGGGUGACUGGAACAUGCAUGUGGGCCAAAGAAAAAAGCUUUAUAAAUACUCUGUCUUGGUGUGUCCCCUGUACCCAAGUAGAGAUAUUCCUUCGGCUUCUAGUAAGCUGGUUGUAUUUGAGAGGAUUGAAAUUAAUUCUGGAGAUACAGUUAUGCUUCCCUAUGAUAUUCAACAAUUACAUCUGAAGCAUUGCUAUGGUGCAAGGAGUUUAAAUGAUAUUAGAUUGAGGGAUGCAAUUGAUUUGAAGGAAUGUACAGUGGAGGAUUGUUUUGAUUUGGAGUCCAUAUUUUCAUCUAAGUAUGAUCAGCUCAAAAAACUCAAGUCUCUGAUACUACGAAAUUUAGCAGAUUUGAAAGUCCUAGUUGGAGUUGGAGAAUCAUCAUUGGGCACAUUUUCCUCCCUCAAAGAGAUUACUCUAUGUAGUUGUCCUAAAAUAAAGAAAUUGUUUGCAGCUGAUUGGGCUCUACACAACUUGGAAAAGAUCGAGGUUAACUAUUGUUUGCAAUUGGAAGAAAUAAUAACAGAAACCGAAGGAGAAGGAAUGGGUACAAGUAAUGAUUCCAUCAAGUUCAAUUUUCCCAAACUGAAGACUUUAAUUUUGUCCAAUCUACGAAAAUUGAGGGGCAUUUGUAGUGAAAAUGCAGUGAUGGUUUGUAAAUCUCUCCAAGUGAUUGAAAUAAGUAAUUGUCCCAAGGUAAAGCGGAUUCCUCUCUAUCUUCCACAGCUUGAGGUUGAUGAUGAGGGACAACUAUCUCCUUUUAAUACUCUCCAGGAAAUCCGCGUGCGGACAACAGAUUGGUGGGAAUCAGUGGAGUGGGAGCAGCCUAAUCUCAAUGUUAAGAAUGUUGUUCAACCUUUGCUCAAGUUCUGCAAUCGCUACAAUUUGGAGUGGAGGCCUUCCUUUUUGGACUCAAUACCAAAUGAAAUGUAAUAAGGUUUCAACCUUAUUCUAAAAUAAAAUAAAAGAAAUUAAUUUUAUAUGUAUUUUACUUUUAUUUUAUUUUAUUACUGUAUUUUAUUUUAACAAGAA